GAGUCUAACAUGUGUGACCUAUUUAUUACUUUUAGGCUUUCAGUAAUCGCUCAUUGAAUAGAAUCAGGAAUGUAUAAGGUGUGAUCUUUGGAGUAAAUGGUAACUAACUGAAGAAGGGCAAGAAGUCAACGAAACAUCCUUUGAAAGUCGCCUCAUACAGUAACUGGGGAUACCUAUAAAAGUUUAAGUAAGUCACAAGGAAUGUACGCCUAAGGCUGGAAUACUACAUUUCCCAGAAAUCUCUAGGAGCCUACAACUCCCAAGCACCCCUUGGCCGCUGACGUCUCUCGGAAACGUGCACGUGCAGGCGCGCGGCGUGCGUCAUGGCGGCCAGACGCUUCUUCGGGGCUACCCGGACCUGGGCUGGCUGGCGAGCCAGGGAGCUCCUGGACCCCGCCGAUCCUGGAAGACUCCUUGUACGGGAUUAUGCCAAGAGACCGGUCAUCAAGGCGGGGAAAGGCGGCAAAGGCGGCGUGGUCAGCGAGGCCCUGAAGGACCCGGAGGUGUGCACGGACCCUGUGCAGCUCACCACGCACGCCAUGGGCGUCAACAUCUACAAGGCCGGCCCCGACGUGGCCCUGAAGCCCGACGCGGAGUACCCCGAGUGGCUGUUCCAGAUGAACGUGGGCCCCCCCAAGAAGCUGGAGGAGCUGGACCCCGAGACGCGGGAGUACUGGCGGCUGCUGCGGAAGCACAACAUCUGGCGUCACAACCGGCUGAGCAAGCGGCGGAAGUUCUAGCGGGGGCGGGACGGCCCCG